AUGCAGCUGUCUAUAAUAUCGCAAUUUAACCUAAAUUUGUUCAAAUGUGCGCGCUUGUUCUCAACUGUAAAUCCGCCAAAGUCUAAAGGGAAGAAAGUUGCUGAUAGCAAGGAUAAACCCUCAAGUGAUUCGACGAGUGCAGAAGAUGAACAUUUAUUCAACAUAUACGCAGCAAUACCACAGGAUCAUACCUUGCUUCCAGAUGAAUGCUAUCCCAAGUGGCUUUGGGAUCUAGACAAACCGGAAAAAACCUAUGGAGAACUGCUCUUGAUGUUUGUCCACGGAAAGAACAUUGAAAAUGCCGAGAUGAAAGAUUACAAUAGGUUCCGUAGACUACACAACAGAACCACAAUCAAGCUCAAUAAUAUACGGUUGCAAAAACAACGCAAAGUAAGCAUAAAAUCACAUUACUGGGAUGUAUAA